AUAAUUAAUGUCCUAACUUUUGUCAUAUAAUUUAAAUUAAAGUGGUAUUUCGAGCUUCAAUCAAUAUACAGUACAAUUUAUAAAAUGGGUGAAACAUACUUUAACUUGAAAAUGAAACUUGAAGAACUUGGAUAUAAUAGCUCUUUGCCCGUAGAAGCAGUACCUUUAGUAGAGUGUAUACUUGCUGAUUUAUUGCAAACUACGCGUAGCCUACAGCAUUAUAUGGGUCUUUCUAAGGAGGCUCUUAUGCAAAGAGAGGAACUGAUGAAGGAAGCGGAACCUUAUAAAUGUGAUAAUAUUAAACUUAUUCAAGAAAAUAACAAGCUGCAUAGAGAUAUCAUACAUUUAAAGGAAGAAAAUCUGAAAUUAAGUAAAGACAGCAAAAGAAAACUUAAAUCACUUGGUGAAGAACUUACAAGAAAAGAAACAUUAAUUAGUAAAUUACAACAUGAUUUAAGAGAUUUAAGUUUAAGGGGUCUCUGUGCGGAAACUCAAAGCAGUCGUAAUAGGAUGAAAAGGAAAGAUGAAGGUGAUUGUUAUGCAUCCAAAAGUUGCAUGUGCAAUGAAAAAACUUCUGUUGAUGCAGAGGUUCUAGAACUGAACAAAUCUAUUCAGUCUUUGUUAGAAAAAAAUAAUGAAUAUAGUGAUGAAAUAUUGUUUCUUAAGACUCAAAUUGAGCAUAGGGAAAAUGAAAUUGUAAGGUUAAAAAUUCUUUUAGAAGGCGGUAGACCCAUAGCAGCCAUUAAUAAAGACUUUAACUCAUACAAACCAGAUGUAAAAAUAGAAAAAUUAUUAAAAGAAAUUAAGGAACUUCAGAAAGCUAACGAGGAUAUGAAAAAGGAAAUGGAGAAAAGCUUAGAAAAGCAGCAUGAAGCUAUGCUGCGUGCUUUAUCUUUGGCAGAUAAGAAUAGAAACUUACAAGAAGAACUAAAAAAGGUUGAUAAAUUAGCAUUAAAAGUUGAAGAUGAUUGUAAUAAAAGAUUAGCGUCUUUGAUGAAUGAGAUCAACUUCAUGCAAACAAGAAUAGAAGGAUUGACCAUUAAAAAUUCAGAAUUAGAAAGAGAAUUAUCACAAAGGUAUUACAAAAGUAGCUCACCAAAAGUUCAGGAAUCUUUAAUAAUAGCAUUAAAAGAAAAGGAUGCUCUACAAAAAGAAAUAAAAGACCUAGUUGACCUCAAUAAGAGCUUACAGGACAAAAUAUUUUCUUUGUUUGAAGUUAAUAAUAAUUUUAAUGCAAGGUUUAAAGUUAACAAUGAUAGUCCUAAUUGUAAUGUUAAAGAUGAAUUAAAAAAACUAUUCGAAGAUGAAAGAAGAAAUUAUGAGACAUAUAUUAACAAUACGCAACAAAAGUUAACAGAAGCAAUGAAUCUUUUUAAUAAAAAAGUGGAUCAAGGUGAUGAUUUUAACUCAAAGACAAAUAUUUCAUCUGAUAAAAUUCUUAUUAAAGAUUUGCAUACUAAAUUAUGUGAGAGCGAACAAAAAAUUCUCAUGUUGAGAAAAGAAAAUGAUGAUUUAAAAAGUAAAGCAAUAAAUAAAGAAGACUUUAAUAAAAAUAGUUACCAGGAUAUUAUUAGUCAUUUGAAUGUAGAAAAUUCUGAAUUAUCAAGGGAAAAUAUUUCACUUAGUCAACAGUUGAGUCAAUAUAAAGCAUUAAAUCGAGCAUCAAAUGGUAGCGGUGACUGCCAUAAACAAGAUCUGGUUCGGCUUAAAGUUCAAAUAGAAGAUAUGACAAAAGAAAUAGAAAUAUUAAAAAAAGAUAAGCAAGAAUAUAACUUAAGAUAUAAAGAAGCUGUAGAUUUGGUAGAUAGGUUCAAAAGAGAUUUAGCAUAUAAGCAGAAGGAGUUAGAAAACUUAGAGGAAGAAAAUUGUUCUUAUAGAAUGACUAAUAGAACUGGAAAAGCAUCUGCAGAUCAAUUAAAAGAAGAGUGUAAUUUUUUAAGAGAACAAAUCAAGAAAAUGCAAACAGAUGUUAUUAAAGAAAAGACAUUAGCUAAUCAAAUUAAAAACAUCCAACUUGAGACUGAAAGAAGUACUACUGAAAUACAACAUGAAUUAUUAUUUGCUCAAAAAAAACUCAGUCUAUCCAAGGAUACAAUUGAUGUAUUAGAAAAAAAAUAUAAGGAACUACAGUCUGAAAAUAUAAAGUUAAAAACAGAAAAAUCUAGUCUGAUAGAUAAUAUUAAAAUAAUGGAUACUGAGCGUGAUAAAUUGGUAAUAGAUUUGGACCAGAAAACUGAAAAUGUUAGUGUUUUAGAGCAGAAAGUAAAGUCACAAACAUAUGAAAUUAGCAAGUUAGAAAGUGAAAUAUCUGAUCUCAAAAGAAAACUUAAUUUGAAUAAAGUUAAUGAACACAAAGUAGUGGAUUAUGAGUCGCAAAUAAGUUUUUUAAAUGGAGAAGUACUAAGAAUGUCUCAACAAUAUGACACAGCUAUUAUGGAAAAUAAACGUUUGCAGAAUAGUUUAGGAGAUGUUAAUGGUGUUUUAAAACUUACAAAAAUUGAAUUAGAUAAGUCAAGAAAAGAUGUGGACGGAUUAAAGCAACAAUUACAGCAUUAUGUGACAGAAAUCAGAAGAAUAGAAGAUUUACUUUCCCAGAAAGAAGCUGAAAGGUCUGAUAUGUUAGAACAUUUUGCGAGUCUAUCUGUUGAAGCAAAUAUAUUGGAAAAUAAUAAUCAUUCUUUAGAAAGUGAAUCUGCUUCAAAAACAAUUCAGUUGCAAACAUACAUUAAUAAAAUUCAAAGCUUAGAAGAAAAACUAGUUGAGAAAGAUAAUAUAAUUGAUAGUCAAUCAGCUCGAAUAGCUUCAAUGACAUGCAAAAUUAAUACAUUAGAUAAUGAAAUUAAAUUAAUAACAGAAGAGAAAACUAUUUUAGAGCAAAAUGUAUCAUAUCUUAAACAGAUGUGCAAUAAUUUACAAUUGAGUCAUAAAAACAGUACUUCAAGUUUAAAUGAUAGUAAUUCAGAAUUGAAACUAUAUGAGAAUAGAAUAAAAAACCUUUCAAAUGUUAAAGUUAAAUUGGAAUCUGAAAAGGAAACAUUAAGAGAUAAUUUAAUGACUACAGAAAAACUGUUAUCAAAUGCAAGAAAAGAAAUUGUUGAUCUGAAAUUGGCAUUACAAGAUGCUACAAGUGAAACUAAAUCAUUGCAUGAGCGUGUAUGUAGACUUACUACUACAGAAUCGGAUAUAGAAGAGAAUGUGUUGUCUACAGAACAUUUAGACCUACCAUUAAGGUUAGAAGAAACAAUUCAUGAAUUGAGCAAUGAAGAUGAUGAGAGUGACAGAUAUAAUCUUGCACAUAAAAGCUACACAAAGUACUCACAUAGCAGCACUCUAUGAUAUAUUUAUUGUGUAUGAAAUGUUAAUAUAAUUAAAAAUAUAAGGUAUGCAGGUAUUGUUUACAGAAUUAUUAAAAUGUAUUAUAUAUAGUGAAAUAUAGGUAUGGAAAUCAGCUAAGCUGCAGUUGCAUUAUUGAAUUAUUAAAAUGAAUUUAUAUUAAAUAUAAUAAUUUGUAUAUAUAGCUAUUAUAAAUUUAAUUAUAUUAAAUAAUUUUGGAUAAUAUAAACAUAAA